GAAACGUUAGGGUGAAGGAGGGGACCCUCAAUCUAAGACUCUUAGCAUAAAGAAGUUGUUAACUUGGGAGAGCAGUUGAACGAAACAAAUUUCCUAAACCACAUUCACCACCAAACACCCUUUUAAUUUUUGAGUAGAAAAAUAGGCGACGAUGAGAAGCAACCAUGGUCACUACUGAAGAAUUCAGCUUCCCUUCCCCCACCACUGAUUUGUUCCCAUGCGGCAUCGAAUCACCGCCGUUAUGGAACGUAUCUCCGUCAGUAUCUCCCGGCCGGAAAGCCAAAGGUAAAGAAGGAGAAGACGACAAGUGUCUGAACAAAGAAGAAGGUGAUAAUGAAGAGGAGAAGAUGGACAUGUUGUGGGAGGAUUUCAAUGAAGAAUUGGGAGGUGGAAUAAGAAGACAAGAUAUGAAGUUAUCGAAGAGCAAUGGACGCAUGCUUUCUCCAAACCCAAGGAAGGUAGGCAUGCGAAUUUUCAUGAGGGUUUUGAGAAAACUCUUUUUGCUCCAUAAUUCUCAGGUUAAACAUUCCACAUGCCAAAUAUCCCUCUGAUUGUUUUCUGUAUAUUUGUUGCUCAGAAAUUAUCCUCCAAGUUUUCAU